UGGAGAAGGGUAGUUGAAAACUCAGACCAAGCACCGUGUUUAUGUUGGUCAAAACUAGAAGACUAUGUCCUGGCGCAGCCGAGGCUGGAGGAUGCCUUCAGGCCAAGAGCAGCCUACCAAUAUGGCACGACCGGAUCUCUGUAGUCCUACCUCAGCCCCCCAGCUACUUGAACCCCAAGGUUCGAGGCUCCAAUGAGCUAUGAUCCCACCACAGCAUUGCAGCCUGCCAGACUGAGACAUGAACUUAUGAAUUCAACACAUGAAGACUUACAACUUGAUAAACCAGCUUUAGGAGCUGAAGCCUUGGGGAGCACUGAAGCCAAGGCGGUACCAUACCAAAAAUUUGAAACACAUGUGAAUGAGCUGAAUGUGGAAGGACUACCGGAAAACAUUCCUUUCAGAAGCCCCUCAUUGCAUGGAAUCCCAAGGCUCGAAAGCAUCUUUCAAGUGGGCAAUCGAAUUAAGUUUGUUAUUAAGAGGAUUCAACGGUUUCAGGUACUCCCACCCUCAACCCUCUGGCAGGUAGAUUCACACAACCAACCCAGGCAGUGGUGCCACAUAAGACUUACAGCAUGGAGAAGCUGGCAAGAACUCACAUUUCUGCUGAUGACAACAUCAGAGAGGACGAGAAGAAAGAGCUAG